CUUGUGACGCUCUCCGCCCCCCAUUGUCCUCUGCGUCACGCUUCCUAGUCAGUCUGUGCAAGCAUUAUUUAGAGCUGUCGAAGCCAUGGCGGACGAUGAAGAAAUACCAACUCUGAUCGAAAACGACACCGUCGAAGGAAAGACCGAGCCGAAAGAGCUGCCUCUGACUGUGCCUCUGACCAUUAUCUGUGGCUUCCUUGGGGCGGGUAAAUCUACGCUAGUAAAGAGGAUCCUGACCGAACGGCAUGGCUACCGGAUAGCCGUCAUCAUGAACGAGUUCGGAGACACUGCUCAAUCGGAGGAGUUCCUUGAGCUGGCGAACGGGUGUCUCUGCUGUAGCAUCAAAGAUACCGGUGUCGCUGCCAUCGAACGGCUUAUGCAGAAGAAGGGUGCAUUCGAUCAUAUCCUAUUGGAGACUACAGGGCUGGCUGACCCCGGUCCCAUCGCAUCCAUGUUCUGGCAAAAUGAGGAAUUCGCUAUGGGUCUAGGUAGAGAUAUCCACCUGGACGGCGUAGUAUGUGUCGUUGAUGCCGUCUUUGGUAGACAGCAAAUGGAGGAAGACCAUUCCGAUGAGGGCAUCGGCGAGAGUCUGAGGCAAAUUGCUGGGUCCGAUGUGAUCCUCUCAACAAAUCAGGUUGAAAGCACGGAGGAUGUUAUCCGCAGUAUCAACCCCGCAGCCUCAAUAUACCGGACCGUCAGAGGUCAGAUUGACCUCAAACGUAUCAUGGGUAUCGAGCGUCCCACCCACGCGUUACACUCCUCGCACGACGGCCAUGAUCACGACCACGAUCACAGCAACCAUGACCAUCCGCAUCCCCCAACCCAUUACGAGCUGCGCGGUAUAUCCAGCCUGCAAGUCAAUUGUCCGGUCCUCAGUCCGUCUCAGUACGAGAAGCUGGACGAAUGGAUCGCACUCCCUGGCGAGUCAUCAGGGCACGGCACGUCCGAUCUGAUCGUCCUCCGGUGUAAGGGGAUGUUCAGGACGACCGCUAGCGAGACGUAUGUUCUGCAGGGUGUGCGGAACUUGUACGACAUCAUGAAGGUGGAAGAGGGGGGUGAGGCUGAUACGGGCGUACCGGACAUGGGCAAGGUCGUCCUCAUAGGGAAGGGCUUGGACGAACGCGUACGACAAAGCCUAAAAGCUGUUCUUAGUAGUUGAGAAGAAGUUAUAAAGCGCUGUACACAAGUAAACAGACUGACUUGAAGCAAUUGAAGUGUAUCAUGAUCACGGCCAUCCUGAAUCUACCCAUUAUUGUGGCAUGUCGUGAUGAGGCUUCCCACCCUUGAAAGCUUGAAGCUC